CAUCCUACUUCACACGUAUCUAUGAGUAAUACUGUUUUGCGCAUUGAGAUUGAGAUCUACAUGUUUUAUUGUUAAUAAUCGUUAUUAAUUAUCAACUUAAAUACCAGCAUCAAAAUGGUGUCAGCUGGCAUGACGUGCGUGAAGUAUUUAUUGUUCUGCUUCAAUUUAAUAUUUGCUCUUUCAGGACUUACCAUUCUUAUUGUUGGAGCCCUAAUCCAAUCAUCUUUUCACCACUAUUCUGAAUUUGUAAAUGCUAGUGUCUGGUCAGCUCCUGUCUUGCUUAUUGUAAUUGGCGCAAUUGCGUUUGUUAUCGCAUUCUUCGGAUGCUGUGGUGCUGUGAAGGAGAGUAAUUGCAUGAUCUAUACCUUUGCAGUAUUUCUCAUUGGUAUAUUUAUAUUGGAAUUAUCUGCUGGAAUAGCUGGCUAUAUAAAGCAUGGUGAACUUGCUGAAACCUUGGAAAAUAAUUUUAAUACCAGUAUGAAUUCCUAUAUUGAUGAUAAGCAAACACGUGCAACAUGGGACGUUAUCCAGGAAGAUCUCGAUUGCUGUGGUAUGAAUGGACCAAGUGACUGGAAAAAAGUUUUUAAUAAUGACACAAUUCCAAAAUCCUGCUGUGAUGAGCUCCAAAGUGAUUUUGAAUGCAAUAUUGCUCAAGCUCAUAAACAUGGUUGUAUGCCUACAUUAUUAGACUUUCUGCAAAAUAAAGCUCUCAUCUUGGGUGGAGUUGGUGUAGGAAUAGCCUUCGUUCAGGUACUUGGUGUUAUAUUUGCUUGUAGUCUUGCAAAAUCAAUAAGAAGGGAGUAUGAGACUGUUUAAGGAGAAAAAAAAUCACAUACCAAAGUUUAUCAAGAAAUAUGUAUUAUUCAAAUAUAGAAAUGAAUAUUUCUUUAUCUGUGCAUAAAAUUAAUCUAUACUUAUUAUUCAAAUCUCAAAACUUAUUUAUAUAUAUUUAGAAUAUGAACCUAUGUUAAAUCUCUGAAAUAUUUUUUAUAUUAAGUAUAUCAUUAUAAUAAAUUUGAAUAUAUGAUGCAUUAUAUAAAAAUAUUUUUUUGUGUCA